UAGGGGGAGUCGUACGAAAGGCGGCUCGCAGGGAAGGGGAAGCAGCCUCAUGAGGAGAAUGUCACUAAAACAAAGUUGCCAUAAAAUACGCACUCCGGCUACAUAAAAGCGUGACGCAUGUGCGGAAAUGGGUGGAAAAACGUGUCCCUUCUCCCAACACAAGAGGCUAAAAGAGAGUAAAAGUAAAUACAAACGAGGCAACCACGAAGCUGUAUUACUCACUGAGAAGAAGCAUGAGCACAGAUUCUGAGAAUCCAGCGACGCUGAGGCUGAAAACGACCGAGGAUGUGGAGGCCCAGGAUGACCCAGUUCUUCAGUCCACCAUACUUUACCUGCUUCAGGAAGCCACCAAGCUUGCGACACCUGCCAAAAAAGACCCCCUGGAAUGGAAAGUCGCAGACGGGAUGUGCUCCGCAGAACAAAAUGUACCAUGUUCUUCUGGUCCAGCACUGUAUACCUCCCCCCCUUCUCCGCCUGCUGUGGCUCACCCCUAUAAACAUGAGGAACAAGGCUUAGAUCCGUGCCGUAAUUUUUCUUGUUCUUUCUCUGUCCUCCCAAGUCAACAGAGGAACAGCCCAUGGGAAGUGAUGAGCCUCAUUAACCUGCAGUGUGAACGACUUCUGCAUCCGACUACUGAGGAUGUAGCGGAGGAUGGAAGUAGGCUGGUAACAACCACUUCUGCCCCCGAGGGGGUGCUUUUUCAGAAUGAGGUCUCAGGUCACACAGGAGGGUUUACUGCAUCCAAAGAAGUCAACAGCUCUGUGCAGCCUCAAAGUCCUGAAAUUGCAAUGGGAAAAAUUGAGGCUUGGGGCUCUCCUUUGAGGAAACGCAAACCCUGGGAUGAUGGUCUUCAGUCUUUACUUUCUGACAAGACCUUGGUCUCGAAUGAGCCUGUUCAGCUAGAAAUUCUGACAUCUAAAGAGGAGAGGAGUUUAAUAAAAGACAAGGAAGCUAAGCAGGCUCUUGGUGGAGCACAGCUUCAAAACAAUAAAGCUGGAAUGUGCCAUCUCAAAGAUGGUCCUCCCUUAAACACAAAAGAAUUGGAAGGAAAAGCAGCAUCGUGUCUUGUGGGAGCAGAACAUUGUUUAUUAGAGGCAUGUGGUACAUCAACAGAAAGUUUGAGCUUUCCAGCAUGUAACCUCCAGGAGGACAGUUGGAAGCAACAUGCUAAUUCAGCUAAACCCAAGGAGUUAUUUUCCAGUGUUGCGGUACUCUCCUCUGUCCCUUUGGCUACUGUUGCUGAUGGUGACGGGAAAAUUGACUGUAGCUCUAAUGUGGUUCUCGCAUCUGACAUUCUUCAAAGUGUGGAGGGAUCACAGACUCUGUCUCAUAAAUUAAGAGGGGAAUUUGAACCUGGAAGUCAAGAGAAACUCCUGGCUGAGGGCACAUGCACUCCUGUCCAUGACUUCUGUAACAACAAAGAGAACAAUGUGUGUGCACAGUCACCCGAAGUCAUAACAGCCAAGCUAGCCUCUGACCUGAAAUGGCGAGGCAGAACCCCCCGGAAGCAGCGACAUCCAAUCCGAAGCGCUGACCUCUGUGACCCAGACUUUCGAGGCGUUUCGUUUCGAAUGCACACAGAGCUUAAUAACGGUCACGAGUGCCGAUUGCUCAUCACAUCUAAGUACAGUGCAGAGUUUUGGAAAAGUGGUCGUAGGGCAAGGGGCAGCCGCACACGAGCCAUCAUAAACUCCCUGAAAACCAGCAGCUCAGAGGAGGAAACGGAUACUGUCGGCCUCUCCAAGAAUAAGAUGUGUGCGUCCUGCAGCACAAAGACCACGCCUCUGUGGAGAGAUGCAGAAGAUGGAACUCCUCUCUGCAAUGCAUGUGGAAUAAGAUAUAAGAAGUACCGUGUCCGUUGCCAUCAAUGCUGGUACAUCCCCAGGAAGGAGGGCAACUCCAACUCCAGAUGUUUAAGAUGUGGAGAUGCGUUGAGCUUGGCAUCUUCUAACAGCUGACAAACUAAAGACCCUGCUGUGUCUCCAGUUAUGUGACCAUGAAGCAGUGCAUCUUCCUCAUAUCCUGUUCCUGUGUUAGUGCACUUUGGGGAACUUUUGGGUGUUAAACGUUCUCAAAAUGCACAGAAUGUAGCCAAUGCAGUAGCAACUUUGCAUCUUUUCAAGCUGUUUUCACCUAAACAUUGAUUUCCACUUGGGGUUUGAGUAUAGAUAUAUAGGAAGUACUUACAUUGUCCUGAGGGGAUGACCCUAUUUAAAAAAAGAAAAAAAUUCUGUGAUAUACAUUUAUAAUGUUUUUGUUUUUUUCCUUGUUGAACAGACAUUUCAGAAGUAGAAUUGUUGUGUUAAUGCAUCAAAUGUCACUGUUUCUCAGUAAAUUCUAGUCAUCAUGG